UUGACAGAUGAUUUUGUAAUAGAGUUUCUAUUCUAAUUUGUAAUAAUUUAACCUUUUUCAUAACACGUUACAUCACAUUUAAAGUAUUUUUAGUUUAAAUUCAUGAAAAAGAAAGAUCCUUGUAAAGCUUACGCUUGUAAAAUACAAGAUUGUUUAAACGAUCGCAAUUAUAAAGAAGAUUCUUGUAAAGACGUAAUUCAAGAUAUGAUAGAUUGUUGUCGCCGUUGGGGUGACCGAAGUUUCGUUUGCGAAGGUUUCAAAGUUAAUUCCGACAAGAAAAAGCCGGAAUGAAUUAUUACAGGCAACAAAAAAAGAGUUUAAAGUGGUCACAACGUAACCCGAGAUUAUUUAUCGGAAUAUUAACAACUUGCGCAUUAUCCGUGUUGUUUUCGCGUCCGAUUUACGACUUUUUCAUCAGUAAGGAGGAACGCCCCAGUUUAGAGGAGUUACUUGCGACGCAUAAAUCUCGUUUUAGGGAUUAAAUGGAGUCCGUUCAAAAAGCACGUCACCGAUUUCGUCAAUAUCCUUUUAUAUUGGCCGGUUGUAAAACGGAAGCGGGAAAUUACGCAAAGUGCGUUUUAAAGAAAAGUUCGAUUGAAAUGAACGAUUGCGCGACUGAAUUUAAACUGUUUAAGAAUUGUUUACAAAAGAGUGCUGCUAAAUUGAAAACGAAGAUUUAAAAAUGUUUAAGAAAUUCGUUGGAUUAGAGAUUUGGGGUCAUUUAAUUAUUGGGUUUAUUUUGAGGGGGGUUUUAAUAAUUUAUGGGGAUUUUCAUGAUGAUUAUUUUAAAGUUUCUUAUACGGAUGUUGAUUAUAAAGUUUUUUCGGAUGGGGCUCGAUGUGUAAUCGAAGGGGAUUCUCCGUAUAAAAGGGAUACUUAUCGGUAUAGCCCAAUUUUGGCUUUUUUGAUGGUUCCUAAUGUUUUGAUUCAUCAAUCGUUUGGGAAAUGGUUCUUUUCUUUGUUUGAUGUAAUCGCGGGGUAUUUAAUUUAUAAAAUUGUUAAAUUAAAUAGUUUGGUUAAUCAUGAUAAAA